AUGUGUUAUGUCAUCCGCUUGAAAAAACUUGGUAAGUUUAAGGCUAUUGAAACGUAUGACCAGUUGAAAAGAGAACGGAGCAGUGCGUUGUUAUUUAUACGUCAACUGAAAGAGUCUGGUUUUAAACAUGAUUUAGAAACUUACAUUGCAGUUGUCCGAUUGUUGUGUCAUUGGGAUUGGGGUAUAGAUGCAAGGUCAGAUAACUUGAUUAAUGAUGUUAUUGAUAAUACAAAUUGGGAAGUUAUUAAUUUUGAAAUUUUUCAUGAUCUGUUUGACGCAUUGUUGGAGGAAAAGUUGAUAAAAGUUGUUGAUGGAUUGGUUGAGGUGUAUGCAAGUGCUGGAAGGUUUGAGGGGGCGAUACACACCUUGUCCGAGAUGAAAAGUAGGGGAGGACUUGUUGUGUCAACACGAACUAGUAAUUUUGUAAUGUGGGAGUUAAUUAAACAGGACAAAGAGGAUAUGGUAGAGUCGGUUAUCAGAGAACUGAAGAGGAAUGGGAUGAUUCCGGAUGAGUUUACAUAUGGCAUUCUGAUGCGAGAAAUUUGUAAGAAGGGUUGUUUGGAAGAAGCUUGGAACGUGAUUGAAGAAAUGAAAGAGGCUGGAGUUGAUCCUAAUGCUUUGAUUUAUAGUAUGUAUAUUCAUGGGCUUUGCCGCAAAGGGAAAACUGAUUUAGCCUUUCAGUUAGUAAAGAAUUUGAGGAAAUCAAAUAAGCCGGUUAAAACACUUGCAUAUUCUUGUAUCAUUCGAGGUUUUGUAAAAGAGUCGAAGCUACAAGAUGCAGAAGAUGUGUUACUUGACAUGAAGCUUAGAGAAGUUGUACCUGAUGAAUAUUGUUAUGUCGUCUUAAUUCUAGCCUUUUGUGAGAAAGGGGACAUUGACAACGUUGGGAUAGAGGUGCAGCUACUGAUGUCAGGUUCACACCAAGUCUGGUUUACACUCACAGACAAGGCAUUGGAUCUUUGUAAGGAAAUGGAAUCAAGAGCUAUUAAAACCGAUCAUAAGUUUGUGAGCAAUCAAGGGUUUUCAUUGAUGGGGGUCUCGUUUAAAAUUGUGAUUGAUGCUGCAUGUAAACUAGGGAAAAUGGAUGAUGCCAUGGGGUUGCUAGAAGAGAUGAAAGGCAGGAAAAUCAAAGCCUCUUGUUAUGCAUGCACAAGCAGGUACCAAUUAACCAGGAUUCAUGGUCAAUGGGUUCAACCAAACGUGGGUCCAGAUGAAGGGGAUGAAGGUGUUCAAGAUGUAGGGGUUCAAACUGAUGAAGGUGUUCAUAAAGGAGUGGUUCGAGAUGCUAGGAAUCGAGCUGGAGUGGGUUAUGUUGAACAGUUGCAUACUACCCAACAAAAUCUUGCACUACAUAAGUUGACUAGUCUCGAUACUCAUCAUGAUGUGGUUCUGAAGAAGUUUACGAGGUAG